UUUAUCAAAUUUUCUCCUCCCCCUGUCUGUCUCUUUCUCUCCGAAAUGCCGUCUCACUGUCUCUUCUUUCCCACCCACACUCACACACAAACCCUCCUCUUCUCUCCUUGGACUUCCACUCUCUCUCCCCUCUCCAUUUCCAGAACUCGCCUUCUCUCUCUCUCCGCUUCUCGAGGCUCCUUGAACCGCCUCUUCUCUCUCUCUCACCGUCCCUCCUUCUCCAUGGCCGCCUCCGAUCCCAAUCUCUGCAAUGGCUUCGUCAAUUCUCUUUCCCAGCAGCUCGAUGAUUCUGAACUCGAUCGCUUCGCCGAUGUCGCCAAUGCCGUCGCCGACGCCUCCGGAGUUGUCCUUCGCAACUACUUCCGUAGCAAGUUCGAGAUUCUCGAUAAGGAAGAUUUCAGCCCUGUAAGUAUUGCAGAUAAAACAGCGGAGGAAUCAAUGGUAUCAAUCAUAUUGGAGAAUUUUCCAUCUCAUGCUAUCUAUGGGGAAGAGAAUGGAUGGAGGUGCAGAGAGGAGGAGGCGGACUAUGUAUGGGUUUUGGACCCAAUCGAUGGGACAAAGAGUUUUAUAACUGGAAAACCUGUCUUUGGUACUCUCAUUGCUCUGCUACAUAAGGAUAAACCUAUUCUUGGCGUUAUUGAUCAGCCUGUCUUAAGAGAAAGAUGGAUUGGGCUAAGUGGAAGAAAAACCACAUUGAAUGGACAAGAAGCGUCUACACGCUCUUGUGCAAAUCUCUCACAAGCCUAUCUGUAUACUACAAGUCCCCAUCUAUUCAGCGAAAAGGCAAAAGAAGCAUUUGUUCGUGUGAGAAAUAAGGUGUGUUUACAUCUGCUAUUUGAAGGAAGACCGUUGCAUGAUAUUAGGAAAUAUGCCAAUAUCAUUUACAUAUAUAGCGUGAGAUAUACAAAAUAAA